CUUUGCUGUCAUUCUCCACUCUGUUUGUGGGGUUUUGUUGGAAUUGCGGUUUCUAUAGCAUAAUGGCGCCAAAGGUUUUCAGAAAAAACAUAUGGCAAUGGCGUCGAGGGCGUGCAAAAGCAAAACCCUUGAUCGACCCAAACGGGAUGUUCGCCGGGAUGGUGGUUCUCUUGGUGGCGAAUGGAGUUCAGCCCCGCCGGCUAGAGAUUUGGAAGCAGAAGCUGGUGCAGAAGAGGGCUACCGUCGAGGACUACUUCUCCAAGAAGGUUAAUUGCGUUUUUGCUAUGAGCCCAGAAGCCCUUCUCAAGCAAUUGGAUAGACAACGCCUUGAAAGCUUCAAGGGAAGAGUUCUCCUUUUUCAGUGGCUAGAGGAGAGCCUGAGAUUAGGGGAAAAGGUUUCUGAGGAUUUAUACCGCAUAGACAUCAAUUCAGAAGGAGGGGAUACUAGAAGUAUGUCUCAAAGUGCUAAGGAUAGUGAAGAACCUUCUCUGAAAAAGGCGAGAUAUAAUCCAGAGGACGUGGAAAGUUUAAAAGCUGAUAGCAGAGAUGAUUCAGCGGAUAGUCCCAGAAUCUCUGAGAGCGUAGACUACUCUCUUAGCCCUGGAAGGACCAGCCCGAAAUCUUAUAGCAGUUCGAAUAUGGAUUUGUCCUUGGAGUAUAAUCCACCUGAUUUAAACAGAAACAUCACUGAGAUAUUUGGAAAACUUAUCAACAUCUAUCGGGCGUUGGGUGAUGAUCGGAGGUCCUUUAGCUAUCACAAGGCAAUCCCAGUCAUAGAGAAGUUGCCAUUCAAAAUCGAGAGCGCAGAGCAGGUGAAAUGUCUGCCUGGGAUUGGAAAGUCAUUGCAAGACCACAUUCAGGAAAUAGUGACUACUGGAAAAUUAUUCAAGUUGGAGCACUUUGAAACGGAUGAAAAGGUAUGUGCCAUAACUUUAUUCGGAGAAAUUUGGGGUGUUGGUCCAGCUACUGCCCUGAAGUUGUACGAGAAAGGACAUCGCAGGUUAGAGGAUCUGGAAAAUGAGGAUUCAUUGACUACUUCACAGAAGAUAGGGUUGAAGUACUUUGAUGACAUUAGGACAAGGAUUCCUCGCAACGAGGUUCAAGAAAUGGAAGGACUGCUGCAGAAAACUGGAGAAGAAAUUUUGCCUGGGGUACUUAUUCUAUGUGGAGGAUCUUACAGACGUGGGAAAGCAUCUUGUGGAGACAUGGAUAUUGUAGUUACUCACCCCGAUGGAAAAAGCCAUAAAGGAUUUUUGUCGAAGUUUGUGAAACGGUUGAAGGAUAUGAAGUUCUUGAGAGAAGAUUUAGUUUUCACCACUCACAGUGAACAGGGUACUGAUUCUGGUGUUGACACAUACUUUGGUCUUUGUACAUAUCCAGGAAGGGAAUUGCGACGCCGGAUAGAUUUCAAGGUAUAUCCAAGAGAUAUAUAUGCUUUUGGUCUCAUAGCUUGGACUGGGAAUGAUGUACUGAACAGAAGGUUGAGGCUCCUAGCAGAGUCCAAAGGUUUCCGGCUUGAUGAUACCGGUCUAUUUCCAGCUACUCACUCCUCAGGUGGAAAACGGGGUACAAGGGCAACAGCAAGCUUGAAACUUCAGACGGAGAAGGAAGUGUUUGACUACUUGGGUUUCCCAUGGCUUGAACCCCACGAAAGAAACUUGUGAGAUGUGUACAUACAUGCUCUGCUUUUGCAGUCAUCUAUGCAGACACAAGCAUCCAAGACCAUGUGCAGGGACUUAGUAGUACUAGCAGUCUAACCGUCGUCGCCCUUUAGUGGCGCCUGGAGAGGAAGUGAAGCCGUAGAAUUGUGAUUUGGUAAUGACUUCCACAUGAUAGUUCUCCAGCAUAACAUUUUUGCUAACCAUUCCAUUGUCUAUAUUCAGCUCGAGAGUCAUGAAUGUGCAUCGCAAACUGGGCUUUUGUGCAGAAUGAAGGAAAUUUUCCAUUGAUAUGUUUUGAUAAAUUAUAAUUAUUAGCUCAUCUCUUGGCCUCCUGCGGUCCACGGUAUAAUAUUAGCAACUUUGGCAAUUUUGAUUAGGGUUAAAGGUAUUUAUUGCCUUUUCGCUAUGCAAAAUUAUCAAACAUGCUGCUUUAUAAAUUUCACCAUGUUUU